AUGUCCGAGUCUCUCUCCCUGAAGUGUGGCUCUGGUUUCUGUAGGGUCUUGAAUCCGAACACCAUGAUUCUAUCAGCAAUGAGAACUUGCUCAAUCUCCAAUUUACGAACUUCAAUUUCUCUCCCAAAGAGGUUGACCAACAGAAAGUCACAGUCUUUCUCCACAACUUCCUCUUCACCACCACUCAUCAUCUCCCAAACUCAAAAAGGUCCACUCUUUCUUCUUCCUCAUUCACCAUCACUAGUCGUCACAAGCUCUCUCUCACCAUCAGACAUCCCACAGAAAUCACAAGAAUGGUUCGCUCUACGGAAAGACAAGCUAACCACGAGCACAUUCAGCACAGCGCUCGGCUUCUGGAAGAAAAACCGCCGCUCUGAGCUAUGGCACGAGAAAGUAUACGAAUCGGAGACACGAGUCUUCGAAGACUCUGCAAAGCUUGCGAUGAGUUGGGGCGUGGAGAUGGAGUCAGCAGCGAUAGAGAGGUACAAGAGGAUAAUGGGAUGUGAGGUUGGGACAAUGGGGUUUGCUCUUCACUCUCAAGAGCAGUACCACUGGCUUGGCGCUUCACCGGACGGAGUUCUUGGUUCCGGGAUUCUUGAAGUGAAGUGUCCUUACAACAAAGGGAAGACUGAGACUGUGUUGCCUUGGUCGAAAGUUCCGUUUUAUUACAUGCCUCAGAUGCAGGGGCAGAUGGAGAUUAUGGACAGGGAGUGGGUGGAUUUGUACUGCUGGACGAGGAACGGGAGCACGGUGUUUCGAGUGGUGAGAGAUAGAAGCUAUUGGAGGAUGAUACAUGAGGUGUUGAGGGAGUUUUGGUGGGAGAAUGUGGUUCCUGCGAGGGAGGCUUUGUUGUUAGGGAAGGAUGAUGGAGAAGUGAGGAAGUUUGAGCCAUCUUCUACGCAUAAGAGGACAGGGCUUGCUAUUGCUAAAAGCAUUGCUUUGGCUGCUGAGUCGAAGCUUGUUUGUAGAGAGAUAGCUGAUCAUGUUGAGUUCUUUUAG